AUGAGGAUAGCUGUGAUUGGUCAGAGUGUUUUUGGCCUGGAGGUGUACAAGGAGCUGAGGAAGGAGGGCCACACCAUCGUUGGAGUGUUCACUAUACCUAACAAGGAUGGCAAAGCCGACCCUCUAGGUGAGCAGGCAUGACUGCACCUUUUUUCUUCAGCAAUGACAAGACUCUCAGUCUCCACACUACUAUAAUGCAAAACCAUUUGCGUAUGAAACACACAAGAGAGCAAAUCUCACAGAGGUGGGAGUCUUCUUUUUUGCUGAGGGACAUUUUACUUGGCUAUCAAGCACAUGCUCAAAGCCUUUGGAUAUACUGUAUUCAUAUUGUAUUUUCUAUAUGGUUUUGUCCUCACACCAGAGUACAUAAAGUAAACCAAAGACUACACAGAGAACACAUACUCUGAGGGCAAACAUAAUAUUUUUAAUGUCAAGUGAAGUUUGAACUCUCACAUUAUCAGUCAAAGAACAGUCCUGUCCCAAACUCUAAGAGAAAAUCAAUGGAUUCUUGUAAAAAAUUUGAAAGGAAACAGGGGCCUUGUAGUUGAUCUUGUCAACUGAACACUGAUAAAUGUUGUGCCUGUUGUUCACCACUGACUAAAGUAGACAUUAGACACAUUUCACUGGGCACACACUGGUUGAACCAAUGUGGAAUAGACUUUGAAUUGACUGUGCCCAGUGGGAUCACACCAGUCCUUUCCCCCAUGUGCUCCGUCCUCAAUGCAUUUUCUUAAUCAACAAAACAAGUAUCAAUAUACAGUCUGCCCAUGGUAAUUACCAAUUACAUUGGCUCUAUUGAAAAUGUUGAUGCCUACAGCCAGACUGUGAAAUUCUCUCUACCUAAAAGGAGUCAAGGGCCCUGUUUGAAUACAUUAAAUACACCCCUUCUUCCUCCCUUGAUGUAGCCUGAUCUGACAUGACUGAAUCUGGGAGUUCUAUUCAGUGGCACCCUUACUUUUACCUAACCAACCUGAACCAGAACCUGGGCUUGAAGAGAUUAUGACUAUGACGAGAUAUCCUCUGAUACGCAGGAUCCAUCAAUUCAAAGUCCUAUUAACCAGCUCUGCAAACGUUAUAAUGUCCAAAUAUGGAGUUUUGUAGAGUAACUAUCGUCAUUACUGCCAUUACGCACGGUAUGUACUUCCAAAAAAGGUCUAAAUAAAAAUAAAAUCAAUGAUAUUUGGGGAUACUGUAAUGCUGCUGGAUCAGCCAACCUGUGCGUGGCAGUAAUGAGUGAUUUUAUUGGAGGUGCCGAAGGUGGAUUUGGCACAUGCGCACUUGGUUAAAAAUAAUAUAUCAUUUCUAUUUAGACUUUUUUUGGAAGUACAUACUGUGCGUAACGGUAGCAAGGACGAAAGUUGCUUACAAAUAACUUACAAAGGGCCAAGGACAAAGGGUAAUUCCAUGGUAACGGAAUUAUGCUGCGACUCCGAUUUUUCACUUUCAAAUGUAUGCCAAACAAAGACCAUUUAUUUCAAAGUUUAACAAACCAUACAACUCUAUGCAAAAUGGCUACUUUGAACAAUUUGCACAAAAAAAUAAGAUCAUUAAGGUAAAAUCUCCUUCAGUUUUGUUCUGUUACCAAACUUUGUAUCUGCAUAGUUCUUCCUGUAAAUGUGUUCUUGUAAAAUGUUCUGUGGAAAUUGUUAAAAGUAGUACUUGUGCAUAGAGUUGUAUGGUUUAGUAAAUGUUGAAAUCAAUGUUUUUUUUGUUUGGUAUACAUUUUAAAGGGAAAAAUAUAUGUCUCAGCGUAAUUCCGUUUCCAUGAAAUUGCCCCAAACAAACAGCCCAGUACAUCACUGGGCCCAAGCUCCCUGCCAUCCAGGACCUCUAUAUCAGGCGGUUGGAAAAGAAGGCCCGGAAAAUCAUUAAAGACUCCAGCCACCCAAGCCAUAGAGUGUUCUCUCUGCUUCCGCUCGGCAAGUGGUACCGGUGCAUCAAGUCUGACACCAACAGGAUCCUGAACAGCUUCUAUCCCCCAAGACAUAAGACUGCUAAAUAGCUAACAGAAUGGCUACACAGACUAUCUGAGUUGACCCUUGUAUUUUAUUUAUAUUUUUUCACUCUCUCUGCACACUCACAGGACUCUACACACUCACACACACUGACACUCCAACACACAUAACAUGCACACACAUUUAUACUGACUCUACACACAUGCACACACUCACAUGCAAUCUUAAUUUACGCUGCUGCUACUCUGUUUAUCAUACAGACUUAUGCCUAGUCACCUUACCCCUAUACAUAUCUACCUCUAUCACUCCAUUAUCCCUGCACAUUGUAAAUAUGGUACUGGAACUGACCCUGUAUAUAGCUUCUUACUUUCCUGUGAGUUUUUGUUCUACCUUAUGUUAUUUCUUUGUACUACAUUGAUAUGUAUCACUUCAGUGUUGGUUUUAGAGCUUGCAAGAAAGGCAUUUCACAUUUGAAACCAUAGAAUUACUAGAACGGUUGGGAAAGCCCCUUAGACCAUGGCAAUUUGACUUGAAUUACAUACGCUAUGGGAGAAACAUCACUCCUAUCUUUGCCCCUCUACACCUACAGGCAUGGAGGCUGAGAAGGAUGGCGUGACCGUCUUCAAGUUCCCACGCUGGCGCCUGAAGGGGAAAGGCAUCCCGGAGGUGGUGGAGGCCUACAAGGCCACAGGGGCCGAGCUCAACGUCAUGCCCUUCUGCUCCCAGUUCAUCCCCAUGGAGGUCAUCGACCACCCGGCCCACGGUUCCAUCAUCUACCACCCCUCCCUGCUUCCCCGACACAGGGGGGCCUCUGCCAUCAACUGGUGAGUGGAUGGCUGCUUGGACAAAUGGAUGGACAAACGGAUGAUUGGUUGGUUGGUGCGACAGUCACUAGUUGGUCGGUUGGUUGGUGUUUUCAUUAGUUGAUUUAUUGAUUUUGUCUCCACAGCAGGUAAAAUGUUUUUUUGUUUAUCUGAUUGAUGGGUUUGUUGGUUGACUGUUUGUUUGGUUGGUUGAUUUACACAUGGUUAAAACAUAAACCUGCUGAUUGGACAAAAGAGGUGAGAGGCUUGCAUGGUCAAACAAAGCGUCAAAGUUCUGAGUAGGAUGAGUGUGUUAGGCUUACUUUACCCUCCAUGGGUUUGACAACAGGACCUUGAUCCACGGGGACAAGAAAGGCGGGUUCACAGUGUUCUGGGCGGAUGACGGACUGGACACUGGACCAAUCCUGCUGCAGAGGGAGUGUGACGUGGAGCCUGAUGACACUGUCAACACCAUCUACAAGAGGUUCCUCUUCCCUGAGGGAGUGAAAGGCACAGUAAGUCAAAGAGAUACAACAAGGCCACACUUCAGUACUCUGAGGAAUGCAGUUUUCUCUGUCUGUCACAUAUGGCCAGCCAUAUCAACAAAUAUUGUUUGAAACAGUCUCAUGAAUGCAAAAAGAAAAUGCGGCAUAGUACAAAAACACAAGUGGAGGGUGAGACCCAUUCCAUACUGUUGGGAAUCUUUGAGCAUGUUAGUCAAGUUGACCUGGUUCACAGGUGGAUGCAGUGAGGCUGAUCGCAGCAGGGAAUGCCCCAAAGAUUGUCCAGCCAGAGGAGGGAGCCACCUAUGAGGGAAUUCAGAAGAAAGACAAUGCCAAGGUAGGCCAAGACCCAGACUAAAUUCUGUAAACACACUGCUCCAGCCAUCUUGCUUCUAACCACAAGAUCAGUGGACUGCUCAAGCACUCCUGUAACACUAUGUUUGAGAUUACAUAGGACCACAUAUUUCCUAUCGUUUUAUUCAGAUAUGCAUGUCUAUGUUGAUUUCAGGUAAUCAGUUAUUAUGAUUUGUGUUUUUCUGUAGAUUGACUGGAACCAGUCUGCACAGGCCCUACACAACUGGAUCAGAGGAAAUGACAAAGUGCCUGGUGCCUGGGCGGAGGUUGAUGGACAGGUAAGAAUAUAGUAGUCUACUGAGAGUAUUGUUUGUUGGUUCGGUAAUGCCACGGUCAGCCAGCCAGCCAAAAUAACAUGCUGAGAAGGAUUAUCACCACAGCAAGCAAGGUACUUGGAGUCAAACAGAUAGGCUUGAUGAGAUCUUCAAGGUCAGGGCCCUCAGCAAGGCUCACAAAAUCAUUUUAGACCCAAGCCACCCCCUGUACCUGGACUUUGAACUAAUCCCCUCUGGGUGCAGGUAUGGCACCUCCCUGCAGAAAAAACAGGACUAAACAAUAAUAACCAAAUGUGAUAUCCCUCCUAAAUAGCUUGGGCUAAUGUCCCUAUCCAUUCACUGAGACCACUAUCCAUUCACUGAGACCACUAUCCAUUCACUGAGACCACUAUCCAUUCACUGAGACCACUAUCCAUUCACUGAGACCACUAUCCAUUCACUGAGACCACUAUCCAUUCACUGAGACCACUAUCCAUUCACUGAGACCACUAUCCAUUCACUGAGACCACUAUCCAUUCACUGAGACCACUAUCCAUUCACUGAGACCACUAUCCAUUCACUGAGACCACUAUCCAUUCACUGAGACCACUAUCCAUUCACUGAGACCACUAUCCAUUCACUGAGACCACUAUCCAUUCACUGAGACCACUAUCCAUUCACUGAGACCACUAUCCAUUCACUGAGACCACUAUCCAUUCACUGAGACCACUAUCCAUUCACUGAGACCACUAUCCAUUCACUGAGACCACUAUCCAUUCACUGAGACCACUAUCCAUUCACUGAGACCACUAUCCAUUCACUGAGACCACUAUCCAUUCACUGAGACCACUAUCCAUUCACUGAGACCACUAUCCAUUCACUGAGACCAGCAGGCUGGGCUUCUUACAGUGGCUACUGUGUAUAAAUGUCAUUAAUGUGUAUUGUCCUUUUCUUAAACAGCAUUUUAAAGCGUGUACGUGAUACGGCAACACAUUUUCCCCAAGGGGACAAUAAAGUCAGUAAAGUACAUGCAGAGCCAGUGGCCUAGCUGUAACGAUCCCGGCCAGUCACAUAUACUGCUCCCCACCUGAGACCGGGGUUCAAAUCCCUGUGUCCACCCUUCCUGUUAAUAAUACAAUGUAAAUCAUGUUCUCCAGUUCAGUCACAUCGGUGCAGAUGAGAUAAAAUUAAAGGAGUCUAGACUAUUGAGCUCCACCCAAAGGCUGAUUCCACUGUGGUCUGUCCUCUAGAAAGUGACGUUCUACGGCUCCUCUCUGGUAGACAGCGGUGUGACUGCUAUUGGUCAGCCCCUGGAGAUCCCUGGUACCAGUCGACCUGGUCUGGUCACCAAGGCGGGCCUGGUGCUGUUUGGCAACGAUGGAAAAACG